UUCUUCCACUGUGCAACAAGUCAGGAAGUGAAAAUGACACAAGAUACAGGAAACAUAUUCACAUACACACUGGCAGUUUUGUCACUCGACUAACUGUCUCUCCACAGUUACUUCACUUUUCACAACAUGGACGUGUCAAACAGGAGAAUUGUCCUGCUGGGAAAAACUAGAUCUGGGAAAAGCAGCCUGGCUAACACCAUAUUUGGAGAGAAACUGUUCACGAUCGGCCAUUCUCUCAACUCUGAAACAAGAAAAUGUCAAUCAAAAACCAAAUCUGUCAAUGGAAGAAGCAUCACCUUGAUUGACACUCCUGGUUUCUUUGGCACAGAUAUGUCCGAAGAGGAGCUGAAGCCUGAGAUAGUGAGGUGUAUCACAGAGUGCUCUCCUGGGCCUCAUGCUUUUCUCAUUGUGCUUAAAGUGGAGAGAUUCACAGUGCAGGAGCAGGCUGUCAUCAACAAAAUACAUCAAUACUUUUCUGAAGAAGUCUUCAAAUAUGCAACAGUUAUUUUUACUCAUGGUGACCAGCUCCCUGAAGGACAGACAAUUGAGGAUUUUGUCUGUCUGAAUAAGAUGAUGAGUGAUUUGGUGAAGAAAUGUGGCAGCCGGUGCCACGUCAUUGAUAAUAAAUACUGGAACGAAGAUCCAAAGGAUAAAUACAGGAGCAACCAGUUCCAGGUGGAGGAGCUUCUUAAGUCAAUAGACAAGAUGGUGAUGGAAAACAAAGGAAGCUGCUACACCAAUGAGAUGCUACAAGCAGUGGAGAAAGAAAUACAACAAGAAGAGAAGCAGAUUAAACUGUUAUCAGGAAACAUGUCAAAGGAAGAGGUCAGAGAGGAGGCCAAGGGCAGAGUACACACCAAGCUUUUGGUCAGAUUAGCAGGUAUUGGAACAGGUGUAUUGUUAGGAGCUUUUCUUGGUGAGGUGGGAGUAGUGAAGGGAGGUGUUACAGGAUAUCAUGCAGCUGAGGGAGUAGACACACCACAGGAAGCAGCAGAGAAGGCAAUAGAGGCUGUCACGAGAUUCUCAAAGUCAAAACAGAGUUAAAACCUAUAAUGAGCCAAGACUCUUGAAGAAGUCGGAGAUAAUAUAUGAUUUAAAAGUCAUAUCUCCCUGUAGAUCAAAUGGAAAUCUUACUCUAAAAAUAUUUAACCAUUGAGCUGAUUAUGUUUAUUCAUAUGUAAUAUGUAAUACGUUGUACUUGUCUGUUAUUCCUGUUUCACAAGCUAACCACAGAGUGUCGGUUUGAUAAGUUGUCCAGUGCUGUAAACUGUAACCACAAACCACAAAGAUAAAACAUUUUUAACAGCAUCUGUAGAGAAGAAUUUAAAGAUUGUUUAAAUCAAACAAGUGUACGCUGUUGGCUGUAUUUCUGUCUCCUGUUAUAACAUUGCUCAGCAUUUCCUGUUGCAAAAGCUAACCAGAAAAUAUCUCUUAAUGUAUGUACAACAUGAUUUUGUUAGACAGGCCUUCUGAUGCUCCUGCUAAAAGAGUUGUGGUUCUUUGUGGAUUACAAUGAAUCACUAAGGCAAAUAUAAAGAAUGAAUAAACUGAAACCUAUGAAAAAUUGUCAUUUGAGCAAAUAAAGUUUUACUUGGUAAGGUAAUCAAUUUAUGAAUGGUA